GUUUAGUACCAUAGCUAUAUUACACGCCGAUAUCUAUCUCGACGACUUUGUGACUUUAACUUGGAUUUGGAGACUGGAAAAUCUCAUAUAUCUUCGAAUUUUUAAUACCGUUUCGCUGAAUUAAAACAUAUUUGAACAUGCCUAAAUACUAUUGUGACUACUGUGACACAUAUCUCACACAUGACUCGCCGUCAGUAAGAAAGACACACUGCAAUGGAAGGAAACACAAAGAGAAUGUAAGGAUAUACUAUCAGAAAUGGAUGGAGGAGCAAGCACAGUCUCUCAUUGAUAAAACAACUGCUGCAUUCCAGGCUGGUAAAAUUGCACACAAUCCAUUCUCCAACAACAGUGGUCCUCCAGGCUCAGGACCCCCGGGCCCUGGUGGGCCCCCUGGACCCCCUGGUACAGGAGUCCGUGUACCCCCUCCUAAUAACUACAAUCCCAAUGGACCAUUCCCCGGUGGUCCUAUGCCACCCGGCGCAGGUCUAAUGAGACCCCCUCAUCCCAGAGGACCUCCUGGUUUCAUCAUGGGUGGACCUAGACCUGGACCCUUAAUGAGACCGAUGGGACCGUUAUGAUCAACCCCGCACAGACCGCUGCUCCCCUGUACAUAGCCCAUCAAUGUUUUUAAAGUCAAUAAGGCAAGGCCAGAACAAUCUGAAAGAUAUGUGGAAUACCCAUUUCAUUGUUCAGUGCCAUUUGGAACUUUGAAACUCUUCUUCAUAAUGAUAUUUGUGAAUGAUGAUAUUGUCAAAUCUGCUUUUAAGAACACCAGGGCCCUGUUGCAUAAAAGUGACUAUGAAGGUAACUUUGCCAUUGAAUGGUAUCUACCAUGGUAACAAUGUUAAUCAGCCAAUCAAGGAUUUUAGGGAAGUUACCAUCGUACUAGCUUCUGUUUAUAAUACUCUUUGACAACAGUCAUGUAUAACACACCUCUUAUCAUCAAAGCUCCUCAUACAAAGUGAUAGAAUUGUAAUUUUUGGUCUGAAGUAUUUAUUCCACCAAUGAUUUUAAUUUGUUUUUAAUAUACCGGUAUGUGUUUUUUUGUGUCUUUUUAUUGAGCUGUCAGGACAAGAAAACUUUGUAUCUAAAUAAAUGAAAUGAUAGGACAUAAAUGUAGUUUGGGAUAGAGAGAAUUUGGGUAGGGGUGCAUUAUUAUCAAAAUUAUGCAUGAAAUCAAACAUGUAUUGUAUGUAUUUAAUUUCCCAAUAUUUUUUUUUGUGAAAAUACAGAGAUAUCAAUGGGGAUCUUCUGUUGUAGCAAGGGUAUUAGGAUUUUCUGUCUUUGUGCAAGGAAGAAAACAUUUCAACAAUUGAAAUUGCAUUAUGACAUUGUCCAGUACACCAUACAUUUAGUAGGAAGACAUUACAUGUAACUGGAAUAUUCAAUCACCAUUCCAGAAUAUGCAUGUUUGAUGUACUAAAAAUCAAGUAGCAUUCAAUUCUAGAGUUAUGUUUGAUCGUUACCCUUUGGGAAAAUAUACCAGGAUAUCUAUGCCUUUUUAUAAUAUUGCUAGGGAAGAGUCGUAUCAGAUCUGUUUCUACUCGGGAUUCCGUUGGAGUCUGUCCAGUAGGAAUCUGGUAUUUGAGAUACAUACCACCUGUGUAUCUAUUUAAAAGAAAGAAAAUAAGAUCAAUCAUAUUGUUGCAAUUGAUUUUUAUUUGAUCACAACUCUUUAAAAGACAGGGCCCCUAUGUGUAUCUUUUUAUACUGUAAAUCCACUGCUAUUUUUUUCUUGAAUGAAUGUUUGAUCUUGUGUAAUGUUUAUAUAUGAGGAAGUUUGCCAUAAUGUUCUGUUAGUUAAUAGUUAUUUUUUUUCUCCUGUAUGAUACAUGUUGUUAUGCUCCACUAUGUUGUUUCAUUAGUUGAGGGGGGGGGUGAUGAUGUUUACCCAUCCACGGCUGAGUUCCUGUGAUGGCAAGGGGGCCAUUUCAUAAAACUUGUUAUAAUUAAAAAACUUACAGUAAUAAUUUAAAGCUAUAAUUUUAUUGGCUGAUGGUAAAUUUGUUAUGGGAAUUGUGGAUUUGUUAUAAUGACAUUUUAAAGAAGUCUUUAUGAAACAGAAUGCUACUGUAAGCCUUUGAAAUUGCAUCAUUUGAUUCCUCAAGAGCUAAUUUGUGACAGAAAUCUUGCACAUGUUUUACAUGUAAACAAACAUACCCCUUGCUCUGAAAUGAGUCAACAUUUUUCAUGAAGCAUUUCUUUCAUUUCCUUAUGUGACCAUCAUGAACUGUACAAAUAUAUUCAAUAAAGAUACAACUUUUGUAAAUUAUGAUCCA